CGGGGUUUUGUGCGAGUGGGCGUGUCUUCAUUGUGUGUCAUGUCUGCUGUCUUUCUUUCUUCUUCUGCUGUUUUGUGUCGCGCCACGUUGAUCGAGAGAUCCUCCUCAGACUGCAGCUUCAGUGUGGAUUCGUUUACUCUCUUCCUGUGUGUGUGUGUGUGUGUGUGUGAGCGCUGUGAUUGGUCGGGUCCUCCUCCUCUCUCUCCAUCAUCAGCAUCAGUCUGUCAGCCGCUGGCCGUUCGUUUGUUCGUUGGCUCGCUGUCUCUCGGCUCGUGACGUGGCCGAGUGUUUGCUGAGCUUUUGUCUCGUCCUGGUCUGCAGCGCUCCGGAUCGGAUCGGCUCGGCUCGGCGCUGGAGCUGGAGAGGCUGUGAGGGCCGCAGCUUUAAUGCAGCAGGAGGACGGCGGCGGCGCAGCAUCUGGCGCGGUUGGUUGCAUUGUGCGUUGAUGACCCCUGCUGUGUAGCCGCUCACCCCACCCCUCCCGCUCCCCUCUCUUUCUCCAUCACAGCUCCUGGAUCAGCCAUGUUUGGCACCGAGUCCUCAUUGAGCAUGUUCCUCAACACUUUGACCCCUAAGUUCUACGUGGCGCUGACCGGCACCUCAUCCCUCAUUUCUGGACUCAUACUGAUCUUUGAGUGGUGGUACUUCCGGAAGUAUGGCACGUCCUUCAUCGAGCAGGUGUCGGUCAGUCACCUGCGUCCUCUGUUAGGUGGAGUUGAUAACAGCUCGCCCAACAGCUCCAGCAGCAGCAGCGGAGACGCCGAGUCCAGCCGGCAGAGCGUGUCAGAGUGUAAGGUUUGGCGAAAUCCUCUCAAUCUGUUCAGAGGAGCUGAAUAUAACCGAUACACGUGGGUGACGGGAAGAGAGCCGCUCACAUACUACGACAUGAAUCUGUCGGCACAAGAUCAUCAGACCUUCUUCACGUGUGACUCUGAUCACCUGCGGCCUGCAGACGCCAUAAUGCAGAAGGCCUGGAGAGAGCGGAAUCCUCAGGCUCGGAUCACGGCCGCUCAUGAAGCUCUGGAUCUGGAGGAUUGUGCGACGGCGUAUAUUCUCCUGGCCGAGGAAGAGGCCACGACGAUCGUAGAGGCAGAGAAACUCUUCAAACAGGCGCUGAAGGUCGGAGAGAGCUGCUACCGGCGCAGCCAACAGCUGCAGCAUCACGGAGCACAGUAUGAAGCCCAGCACAGAAGAGACACAAACGUGUUAGUCUACAUCAAGAGAAGACUCGCCAUGUGCUCCAGAAAGCUCGGCCGCACACGAGAAGCUGUCAAGAUGAUGCGAGACUUAAUGAAGGAGUUUCCUCUGCUCAGCAUGUUCAACAUCCACGAGAACCUGCUGGAGUCUCUUCUGGAGCUGCAGAACUACGCCGACGUCCAGGCCGUGCUGGCCAAGUAUGACGACAUCAGUUUGCCAAAGUCUGCAACCAUCUGCUACACAGCGGCGCUGCUGAAGGCCAGAGCCGUGUCUGAUAAGUUUUCUCCAGAGGCGGCGUCACGCAGAGGUUUGAGCACAGCAGAAAUGAACGCAGUAGAAGCCAUACACAGAGCGGUGGAGUUCAACCCACACGUACCGAAAUACCUCUUAGAGAUGAAGAGUCUGAUACUGCCACCGGAGCACAUCCUGAAGCGCGGCGACAGCGAAGCCAUCGCCUACACCUUCUUCCACCUGCAGCACUGGAAGCGUGUGGAGGGCGCGCUCAACCUGCUUCACUGCACCUGGGAGGGAACUUUCAGAAUGAUUCCAUAUCCUCUGGAGAAAGGCCACCUGUUCUAUCCAUAUCCAGUCUGUACAGAGACGGCGGACAGAGAACUGCUACCAACAGUGUUCCACGAGGUGUCGGUGUAUCCCAAGAAGGAGCUGCCGUUCUUCAUCCUCUUCACGGCGGGUCUCUGCUCCUUCACAGCGAUGCUGGCGCUCCUCACGCAUCAGUUCCCAGAGCUCAUGGGAGUGUUUGCUAAAGCCUUCCUGAGCACUCUGUUCGCCCCGCUCAACUUCAUCAUGGAGAAAGUGGAGAGUAUUCUUCCCUCGAGUCUGUGGCACCAGCUCACGCGGAUCUGAUCUCGUGGAUAUGCAUUAUUAUUAUUGACUGAGGUGCCAAGUUCUUCAGAAGUGCCCGACAGCCAGAAAACACAACCGACAUCAAACGCCGAAGGAAUUAUUUCCCCCUUAAUCUCCUGUAAAUCUUUUCUGUUGAAAACUUUUAAACGCCAUCAGUAUAUAAAGAAAAAAUAAAUCAAUUUCUGUACCGCUGCAAAACAGACGUCUCCAUUUUUCAAGUCCAUAGGAGAAAAUCAUCUCUGUUCUCGAAUUGGAAAAAUUGCCUGAAAGCAGCAGAAUAUGAUCGACAUGCGUGGGCUUCUUUUACACACAAACACAGAAGGGAGUCUUUGACCUGUCGGUUCAUUGUUUUAUAUUAUAAUGUGCUAUUCUAUAUGCUUAUGCUGCUGGUGCUGAUUCAUGCCAAGAUCUUUAAGAAUCAUCUAAUCUUAAUCUGAACGGAUGAAGAGAGACGUGAUGUAUAAAAGAGAUGCGUGUGGUGUGUGUUUACAGUGAGACCAAAGAUUGGUUUGAGUAUGUGUUUAGUUCAGGGGUUUCCAAACUACAAGAUACUUUGAAAAAUAAUUUGGUUUACUAUUAAGAGGGCAUGAAAUGUGUAAUCUGAACACUGGGUGUCGCUAUCACACCCCAAUCACAAGGCAUCGUGUGGAUGAUCAGUGUGUGCUGAUCACAUGUGAGCCACACGAUCUGACCCUGACCCUGACCCAGCCUAGGCUACGAAAACAAAAGAGAUUAGCCUCUUGACCACAUAUGCAAUGCACCCCCCAACAAACAUAACACGAACCAAACAUAAAUCUGGAUCAGCGUAGGUAGAGAUAUCAUCUGCAGUUGCCUUUUCAAUAAUGUUUUGUGUACUGACUGAAAAGAGCCUCCUUCAUGAACAGGGUUGCCAGAUCUGCGGUACAAAACCAGCCCUAUCGCUUCAACCUUUAUUUAUUUAAUUUUAUUAUCAUGUUUUGCAGUCUAUAGCUUCAACCCAUGGACUAUAACUUUUUUUUUUUUUUUUAAACCCGCAGCAACAGUAUAAAAGUAGCCCGAUUUUCGUGGGAAAAUCCACACCAAUGUUCAGACUCCACACUCUUUGAAGAAGACGUCCAGCAGCACGGGUGUCCGGGUAUAACACUUUACUGUAGGUUUUUGGAAAUGUAAGUAAUUCUGCGGCUCUCCAUUCUCAAGUGAAGGAUUUGGACAUUGACUGGUGCUCUAUUAUAUGUUAAUGAAACCAAAGGUGGAGAUCUAAAACCAUUCAGCUGUGCGCAAUUUCAAAAUCAUUCGCGAUUUAUAGAUUUCACAUCUGGAAGAGAGGCGUACACACGCGCAUUUGAGAAAUAAUUGUAAAUCAAACUCUACACAACAGGCCCGUGUGUCGAGGCCUGAGUUUGUGGAUCAGUUCACUUCAUGUGAUGGUCUCAGCAGAAGAACAGCGAGAGUGAAGGUGCUGGAAAUCACGGAAGCAGCGGUGGUCACAGCUACAGGUGAGAUUAUAGAGUCUCGAGGAAGACUGUUUUAAUAGUUCUACAAUAGACACUCAUUUUAGUGAAUGUUUGUCCAUAUUAUGCACAAAACAAUGGUGAGGGAAUGACUGACUGAUGCUUGAUGCUUAGACAUUAACAAACUGCUUUUUAUUAAAUAUAAAAAAAUGAAAAAAACAUGAAUAUGUGAUACAAUGUCUUAAUAUUAUUAACUCCUCUUUAUCUGGAGGUCAAAGGCCAUGUACCAAAAACCUUCAAACUGAUGGUUACAUCUUAUUUCAGAAACUGCUCAAUGGAGUUUAAAGACUAAUAGAUAGAUAGAUGUUUAUAGUGUAUAUAGUGUUUUAUUUUAAUAUUUGUUUAUUCAAUUUCUUGAAUGUUACUGCUAAAUACUGUGCCUGAAAAAUAAAGCAGUUUGUUUUAUUUGUA